AUGCCCCCCGGGGCCGCGGCGCGGCCCCGCGUCCCCCCGCCCUGGACGGGCCCGCCCGUCGUGCGUGCCCCGAGGGGAUCCAUCCAUGCAGCAGAUACCCUCGCGGUGAUCCCUCACAUCAUCCGAGACCGCGCGCGCGCGACGCCGUACGCGAACGAGGAUCGAUCCCCUCGCCUCACCUUGCUAUACGUAGAGAUUGCGCGUCCUCCUCGAGAGAUGGACCUCUUCACCUUCUACGAACCCCUCCGCGUAUGGAUCUGCCGGCCCUGCGAGAUGGGUGUGAAUCCACACUGGAUCGAGGGCCACCUCCGCGACCACCACAAGGCCCACCCGACCGCGAGGACCCACGCCCUCCGCCGGGAGGCCCGCGCGGCCGCGUGGGACCGUCGUCCGUGGGACCCAGCACGCGAGCCCUUUGCGACGCCGGCCCCGACGCACCCGCCGAUCCCUGGCAUCCCAACGCAUCGCGGGUACGGCUGCCCGGAGCCCGGCUGCGAGUCGGUCGCGGCGACUGGCCUCGACACGAUCCGGAAGCACCGACGGGCGGUGCACGGGAGGGCGCCCCCGCGGCCCCGCGUCUUUACCAACGUGAAGGGGGCCGCGACCUUCUUCGUCGUGACGCCCGUAGAGCCCCGACGACGGACGUGGGCGGAGCUCAACCUAACGCCAGCGGAUACGAUGCGCGUCGAGGUCAACCGGGCGAUCGAGCGGGCUAGCGCGCUCGUGGAGGCGGACGAUCAGCUCGCGCCGAUCGACCGCGAGACAGGCGCGGAUAAGACUACGCCGUGGCUCCGGCGCACGCGGUGGCCCGAGAUCAUCGGCGGCCACUCCUUUACGGCCAUCGCGGGCCUCGCCGCGGGCCCUGACCCUAUCACAGAGCCAGUCCUAAUAGCCAUCGCGAGUAGCGUCCGGCGCAUUAGCAAGGCGGCACUUGAUAGCCUCCACUCGAACCGGAUCAACGAAUUUGACCAGGUUCGCAUCAAUACGUUCCGCCGGCGGGGGGAAGGGAUAUGGAACCGGCCGAUCCAUAUCCACCUCCAGCCUACGACCUUCCGUCGCUAUCAGGGGGUGUGGGUCCGCCUUAUUAGCUUUGUCUACCGAACCUCGCGGCCUAGUCAGCCGAUUAAGCUCCGGCAUCAACUUACGAACCGACAGCUCGCAGCGCUCGAUCGCCUUGAGGAACAUACCCGGCUCAUCAUUCUCCGCGAGCGUGAGGCUUCUCGCGAACCCCUCCAGCCCUAUAUAGAUGCUGAGACGCGGAUCGAUCCGCAGCUAGAGGCAGACAUCACAGGCCUACACGAUCAGCUUGAUCGGGCCUGCCUCGAGCUCUCGAUCGCGCUACUUGACCACGAGCUUAAUGGGGAUAUCUAUGAGAGCGCGGUCGUUGGGUUCCUUGCGGCCCUUGGCGUCGAUGCGGAGAACCAGACCUACCGCGACCCGUCGAACUAUACACCGUUCCUCUCCGCGAUGGUCAAGAUGGCACAGCUCCUCGUCGCGCAGCAGGCGAUCCAGCUCGUCGACGACGGCCAGGUCGCGUACCCAGGGGAGGUUCUUGAUGAGAUGCGUGAGCGCUUCCUCGCGUUUGGGGUCCGCGCGCCCUUCCACUGGAUCACACGGCUUCGCGCCCUUAACUUCCGUGAGGUCCACCUUACGAUGUCGGGCCUCCGGCGCUUCGUCCAGACGCAGGUCGAGCUCGCACAGUGGGACCUCGAGCAGCUCUUCCUCCUUCGCGAGGACGAGGAUUCUAGUAGUGAGACCCACAAGGGAAUUAUCCCAACGCUCCCCCUCUCCCAGCUUACGGACGACCCAAUCAACAACUCGCGGGGGUGGAAUUUCCUCUCCGAUCCGCGGAACCGCGCAGUACUCCCAACCACAGGCGAGCGCUGGCUACUCGACCGUGUACUUGCGAGCGAUACGCUUCGCGACGAGUUUAUCUCCGUCCGGCGGUCAGACUCGCAGGUCGGGUUCCAGAAGGCGGCCGUCGACGCCUACCGCGAGAUGGUCGAUCGGUUCCUCCAGCGGCUCCUCCUCGCGAUCCACCUUACGGGGGGCCAACCCGCGCGAGCGACGGAGGUUAUCUCCCUCUGGCACCGUAACACGCCAGAGGGGCGGCACCGCAACCUCUUUAUUGAGAACGGGCUUAUCGCAGUCGUCACCGCGUACCACAAGGCGCAGAACGUCACGAACUCGAUCCGGAUCAUCCACUGCUACCUCCCGCAGGAGCUUAGCGCGAUCCUUGUCUACUACCUCUGGCUCGUGCUUCCGUUCCUCGAGCACGCAACGAUGCUCGCGGCGGAGAUACCACAGCCGCUUAAACGAUCGCCGUUCCUCUGGCCGCGAGGGUCGAGCCACUGGCCUCCAGACUCCCUUGGAGUUAUACUCCAAGGGAUGAUCGGGAUCUCGCGGAUGCACCUCGCGAGCGGUAGGUUUAAGCAGGACUAUAGGCUCGAGCAGAACAUUGCAGAUGAGCAGGCGGCGCAUACUUCGUGGGUCGCAGGGACCACGUACGCGCGGAUGAUCUAG